AUAUAAAAGAUAACAGUAGUCUGAACGGUUGGUGACUUAAUAUACAAUUUUGUGGCCACUAUAAUAUACAGAAAGGAAUAAGCAAGCAAAAAUUUCACAGGCAGACUUCGGCGAAUGGAUUCAAAUGAGUUUUUAUUUCUAUUGAAGAUCCUUGUCGCCUUUCUUGUAAUAUACUUGAUUGAUUUUUGUCGAAAAAUCUGGAGAAAAAAAAACGAUAAAGCAAGAAAAGGCGAAGAUCACCUUCAGCCCAAAUCCGAUGAAACGCAGGUUACCGAAAAUAAUGACGAAAUAAAAAGCAAUGUUACCGUGAAGGUAUACUCCGCUCAAGAUAAAGAAGAUGAUAUAUCUGGACACUCUGUAAAAGAUUCCAAUGAAAAUGUAGCAAAUAUCGAUGUCACAACUUCGCCGAAACGUGUCAAUGUUAAAAUGCGGUUUAACGAGAAUGAUUUAUUUCCGGAAAGAUCGAAAUCAGUCGGAAACAAACAACAGGAUGAAACUAGAACACUUUCUGAAGUUCGGUCGUGCGGCGAUGGAGAUUCAGGCAUAAGCUUAUCUUCAAAUAGUGGAAAGAAAGAAGUUGUAUCCACGAUCUCAGAUAUUAACAAUGUUGAUAUUUAUGAUAUAUCAGAAGUUAUUGGUUCUCACGGCGGAUCGUUGGCGAUUGCUGGAUGCAGUGUGUUAAUACCCAAAGGAGCCUUGGACCAUUUGACUGAAAUUACGCUGAAGUGUUUUUUCCAUCGACAACCUUUUCAAGACGAAAAUUGGUUGACCAUGACCCCUACAAUCCAGCUUCUUCCAAAAGGCUUGAGCUUCAAAAAAGAUGUCUUGAUAUCAAUACCGGCAUAUUUUGACCCACUAUCUCACGUCAAACUCUCUGAUAUAACGAUACAAACACGACAAGAAGAAGAAAGCAACUGGGAAAAAUUUAAGAUAGUAAAGAAUAGUUUUCCGGGCAGAAUUGUGUUCAGUGUCAAUCAUUUUACGUUAUUCCGAGCCAUCUUCCAGCGGGCGAUUGAGAAACUGUUUUCAAAAACGUUAUAUUUUGUUGGCUACGUGAAGCGAUUUACAGUAGAGAAGAAACCUAACAACUACGAAUUGGUUUGGUGUAUUUCCGACGUACAUUCGUUUGCAUCUGUCACAAGGGGAAUGAACUCAGAACAUUAUGAAAUGGUAGUGGAACCUGGGACACUUAUGAUUAGGCCCGACCAGUCUCUAAACAUCUGUAUCAACUCAGAAAACCCAAAUAUUUCUGUAGAGCCACCAGUGAUUCCAAUCAAGAACAAAGACAUUUGGCCGUACGGUGUUAUUGAAAACAAAAAAUGUGGCCUACGUCAUAUCAACGACAGUCAAGUUGAUGUAGUUCAAAUAGAGUACUGUUUCGAGGUUUGGUGCGAAGGAGACGAUCCGCGGUGUGAUAUCAUAAAAAAAGGUAAUGGUAGCUUUCAAUGGCUAUCAACGCUGAGAAGAUCAAGCAGUGUUGUCGUGGUGAAUAAAUACACGGCUGUGGAUGAAUCAGUGACUAUAAAUAAAUCUAAUAUAGACAAGGUGCGUGUGUCUUCCGUAAAAAGUCACAAGAAAUGACAUGUGUUGUUUGUGACGUGACACAGAGCAGGAAGAAUUGAAAAAGAACUAAUUUGCAAGCAAUGACCCAAGGUUUGUAUUGCUUGAAGACUGAAUAAAAAGAACGAAGUGCAAUAAAAAGUAAAUGCCGAUGGCAAUAUUUUGCUGUUUCAUCAAAUUUUAACUAAUAAUCAAUAUUUCAAAAUUCUUCAGAAUACACAUAAAAGGGGCUGUUUACCAUAUUAUUUUUUCUAAAUAUGUAUCUUUUUCCUUUCUUUUCUUAAUUCAAAUAAAGUAUUCCAAAAAUAGUGUCGGCUAACUUUAUAUAAUAAUAAUGCCCAUUUCAUAUUUGCUUUGGAAUCUGUAUGUGUAAUUUAAUUGUUGUAAUCAAUCAACCAUCUAUCUAUAAGCAACCGAUGAUGACUGUUUUUUUCUCCUGUCCUAAAAUAAGUGUUUUGAUAUUGUAAAUAAUGUUUGCAUGUGCCUUAUCCUUCCGAUUAUUGUUUAUUCCAUUCUUUUUACUGCAAUGUGUUCUUUGAUGAUAUAUUCGGAGAUAAAUCAUUCUCUCUUUUUCGGGCUCUCGUAGAAAUGCGCGAAAAUACUGAAGUUAUACCAGAUAAAUAGUUUUAUCAUCGUUUUACUUCUAGUUUUCAAGUAGAAAAUGACGAGAUUUUCAAAUAUAUAUACAAAGUAUGAAAACCGAUAUCGAUUCAGUUAUAAAUAACACGUUUUUAUAAAAAAAAAAACUGAUCUUCACGUUAUCUCAGACCAUUGAACCUUUUCCUCUCUAACACGUUUAAGAUUAAUCAUUUUAAACGUGUAGGAGAGAUUUCUUGCUAUCUACUA